GACCCUUCUCUCCAUGAUAUUUACCACCCAAAGAAAGAUAGGGAUAAGGUAAGUGGAAGUGAAACUAGUUUCUACCAUGAGCACUUUUUUUUUCCGCGACGAGGAUCAUUUCUAGCUUCACUGAAAUAUAAUUUUCUUGAUAGGGUAUAGAUCUACUUUCUUUGAGCUACUUCUCAAUAGGUUGCAUACGCUCGCGCUACGACUACGCAUCUGUUAUUUGAAUUCGUGCACUGUAUCUAUCCCCACAGAAUUUGAAAGUAAGUAUAGCCAGUAUUAUUUCUACUUGCUUUGCCUGUUUGAUCUAUUUGAUUGAUUUUGAGACCUCCUUCACAUUGAGAAUUUAUCCAAAAGUAUUUUGCUGUGGUUUGAGUUUUCCUCGAAAACAAAACCAAAACACCGGCUCAUGGCCUCGCCUCCCGGAGAGUACUAGCGGUCUAGAGCCAAGAACUUUUUCAAAGAAACUUUCUUCAUCUACCCGAAGGGGAAACAGUAGUACCAGAUUUCUUUUCCAUCUCGCAAGCAGGGCAAGAGGAAGAACAGCAGCGGUGACAUUAGAGAGCUACAUAUUCAACAUCCUGAGAAUACAGAAAGACAGCGACCUUGGUGCUCUUCCACACUUUUUCUUUUUCCGAUAGAGACCGUCUACCUCGUGGUCUGCGAACGGCGAGCACGCCAGCUUUCUCCGACGGGGUACAAUUGUGAUGAAGAGGGCUGAACAUUUAGGUCAGAAGCAAAACGCCGCUCAUCAAACACGGUUUGGAUUUGCCCUGCUUUGACCACCCGCGGCGGGAGAAUUGCUAACUAAACGUCCUCACGAGCUGCGAAUAAAAUCGUAUUGAUAUAAUUCUUUUAUGGUUUUUGUUUUUGAUUUGUUCGUGAUGCAUGAGCAUUUUUGAGUUCGAUCUUUUACUUGAAGAUGCGCCGUCGCAUGACAAGUGGAAGCAAACAAGAAAGACAACGCGAUUGUGGUUUUGCAUGAAAGAUAAUUUUUCUUUUUGCAACUGUAGUGGAUGAAAUUUUCAUUUUCUCCCUCCGAAAGGUGUUUCGUGGCGCCAGCGAAUGGACAAAUGGUUCCGUUAGAUUGUACGGACCAUUUGUGUUGCCAGGGUCAGAUUAACAGGGUAUACAAGUGCAAGUCAAUGGCAGACGAAGACAAAACACUUCUACUUCAUCAAUAUUACGCAAUUCAGACGAGUCAAAAACGCAGAGAGAUCAUGCUGCUCGUUUGCAUAUGCUUACGGCGUAGUUGAGAAGAUCACGCGAAAAAUUUUGUAGCUUUGUUGAAUAUUAAAGUUAAAGCCCCAAAAAUGAUAAUAAUUCUUCCGUAUCGCAACAAAAAACUCGACCACAGACCCAACAACCUCGUCGGCCAGUAAUACAGACGAGGCGGAAAAGCUACCCCGAAAAGCAGCGUCCAGGCGACGACGACCCUGGGUAAGUACUUACUCCAACCCUGCCCAGCUAGGACCACUUCCGGAUAAUUCCUCUCCGCAACGGCCACGCCUUCCAGCUCCACGCUGCGGCCGGGUCGUUCAGCCCCAGAAGCAGUGCAAGAGGCACCGGCACUCGGUUUCUGAAGGUAUUUUUUGUGUGACUUGGCUGAUGUGCAUACGUAUUUUGCACAUCAGUGCAAUAAUAUUCUUUCUUCGUGGGCGGAUUUGAAUGAAACUACCUAAUGGCUCCACCUGUUUUUGCAUGUUCAGAUUCAGACCAAGCAAUUAGUCCAUAUUCAUUAUCUACUUGUCACCGUAAGUCACGUCUCCAUGGGUAAUGAUCCUGCAUUUAGUUCCCUCUCACAUCAUCACAGGUCUCUGCCCCACCCAUACGUCAAAUUCGCUGCUCUAACGAAACAGCGGUCCAGCAACACCUUCCGCCGAUAAGUAGUACAACUACCCCAUCUUCAUCGUUAACGGUUGUAUCCCAGUAGUAACAUCAAACGACGACGACCCACCUCUCCCUCCACCCCAAAACAUGUCCUCCCCCGAUGUGGAAAUGGUUGGCUCGCAGAGCUCGGCGAGUCUGGAGUCCGUGGAUAACAAGGAAAAGCCCUACGCAAACGGCAAAUCCGCCGCGGGGUCCACCGGAGGGACAACGAAUAACGUCUUGAGCAAUAACUCCACCACGGAUCAAAUCAAUAAACUAUCAAGUGUAAAAAUGUCUGGGUCUGGAAGAAUGCAACUUGUCAUGCUAAAUCUGAAACAAUCAAGAAUCUGUGUUGCAUGUAACCAAAAGUCGUCCAGUUUUGACCAAGUCGGGAGGGGGUUUCUCAUGCAGGAUAGGCAUGAGAGAGGUCGCACAGAAUCUGUCAUGCUAGGUCCUGCAUUCCAGACCUCAUGGGUCAUGGAAAAGCUGCAUGACAAGUCGCUCAUUCUUCCAGACCCAGACAUUUUUACAUUUGAUAUAAACCCUCUCCCGACAAUGCUGAUAGCGGCGACGAUAAUCGUCCAGAGAAAAACAAAGACGAUCGCGACAAGGAAAAGUCUUCACGAAAAUCGAGGUAUCAAAUGUAAAAAUGUCUGGGUCUGGAAGAAUGCAUCUUGUCAUGCUAAAUCUGAAGCAUGCAAAAAUCUGUGUUGCAGGAUAUACCAAAAGUCGUCCAGUUUUGACCAAGUCGGGAGGCAGGUUCUCAUGCAGGAUAGGCAUGAGAAAGAUCGCACAGAAUCUGUCAUGCUAGGUCCUGCAUUCCAGACCUCAUGGGUCAUGAAAAAGCUGCAUGACAAAUCGCGCACUCUUCCAGACCCAGACACUUUUACAUUUGAUACGAGGAAACGGUCCCGCGACCGAGACAGGGACCGAAAAGGUGGACAUCACAACCGGAAGAGCCGCUCUAGAGACAGGAAAAAACGGAAGAGUAGGAGUCGGGAUCGGGAUAGAAAUAAAUCGAGGAGGAAGUCGAGAAGUAGAAGACGAGAUCGCGAUAAUAAUCGCAGGUCGAAGAACCGCAAUAACAAGUCCGGGGACGGGAACGAUAUACAGGAUCACUACGAGAACGUUUUGAGUUUAAGGGACAUACAAGCGGAUAGAAGUACCAACGACAGACGAGGCGGGGAUAGUCAUAGAGACCACCGGGACAGAAACAGGUCGAUGUUUCAGGGGUCGAUUUCCGGCGGGUUUUCCCAACACUUAGAGUCCCACGGCUACCCAUCGGAUAACAAGCAGAACUCCGCCUUGCGACAUCUCCCCAGCCGGGAAAACCGGUACUCCGAUGAACACAGAACAACAAACAGGUCGAACGGGCAUAAUUACGACAGAGACCGGGAUAGAAGCAGGGACGACACGCAACACCGUGGUUCCCGGCAUGAGAAACGAGAUCGGGACGGGAAUGUGAUGCCGAUCACCUUAUGCAUUGCAAAAGUAUCGUACUCGUAUUGCAGUCAUGCAUUACAAAUCUUUUUCUUAAGGGAAAUCCGCAUUACAAAUUUUCUUCCUCAUGCUGAGGAAAUUUGUCAUGCAUUUAUACGAGUACGAUACUUUUGCAGUUCAUACACCUCUCUCCGGGACAAUGUCAUGCACAACGCGAACACAAGUCGGUUGAAUAUCGGGAACAUUUUGCAACAAACGAAGAUGUACCAAAUGCAAAAAUGUCUUGGUCUGGAAGAGUGCAUGUUUGUCAUGCUUGUCUGGCAUGACUCUUAAAGCUGUCAUGCACGUUGCUCACGAGCCGCAUUUUUCUGUCAUGCGGAGACGCAGUUUGUCAUGCAGAUUAGGCAACACCUACAAGCUCAGAAAUUUGUCAUGCUGAGCCAGUACUUGUGGCCUCCUCAUGCUACGCCACUCAGCAUCACAAGUUUCCGGACCCAGACACUUUUGCAUUUGAUAAGAUGUUGAAGAUGGAGCGGGAGCGGUUAUCGAAACAGCAGGUCGACUACAUCGAGAUGAUCGCGUUCAGGAAUCUAUCCUGAGUAAAAACGUCCCCACACCAUGGUCAUGAUGGGAAGUCUGCAACACAAAUCCUCAAGUUUUGGGAGUUCUGCAUGACAAGUUUCCAUCUGCAGUGUAGUGCUGGCUAGCAAGGAAAGCCGCAUGAGUAAGCCAUUUUCUCAUCCUGUUUACAGCAUUCCAAAUGCCAAAACACGACUGGAAAUGCCUCUCAUGGAGAUGCGCAUUACAAAUGUUCCUGACAUUGCGCAUUUGCAUGACAACUCUGGGGUGGGGACGUUUUUACACAGGAUAGAAUCCGGAAAACAACCGGAAUAAAAACGACCCCACAAUCGACAAGCAGGAGUACUACAAGUGCCAGGUCGGGGAGAAGCUCGGCGAUAACGGGGAGUUUGAAGCCGUGGAGCAGUUAGGAACCGGCGUUUAUUCCUCAGUGUUCAAGUGUAAGAAGGUCGGAAGAGAUAGACACAGAAACAACCGAGACAACUAUCGGGGGAAUAACCGGAGAUAUGAUGACUGGGAGGACGAUCGAGAUUUCGUAGCAGUGAAAAUCAUCCGGAACGUGCGGGCGAUGCAAAACCAGGCCAUGCGGGAUAUCCUGAGUAAAAACGUCCCCACCCCAGAGUCAAGAUGAGGACUUUGCAACACAAACCUAGAAGUUUUGGGAGUCACGCAUGACAAGUUCCAGUCCGUCAUGUAGUGCAGGUUGGCAAGGAUAGCCGCAUCAUAAAUCCAUCUGCUUAUGCUGUUUCCAGCAUCACAAAUUCCUAAACACAGUUGGAAAUGCCUAUCAUGGGGAUGCGCGUCACAAAUGUUCCUGUCAUUGCACAUCUGCAUGACAACUCUGGGGUGGGGACGUUUUUACCCAGGAUACGGGAAAUUGAGAGGAUGAUGCGGAUGAGCUCGGAGGGACCGCGGGUGGACCGGUUUGGGUCACAGUUUCUGAUGUAUUUGCACGAAAACAAACACUUUCGCCAUCACGACCUGCAGGCCAUGGUCUUCGACCUGAUGCGGCACGACUUGAGGAAAGCCAGCGAUGUAUCUUGUGUAAAAACGUUCCCACCCCAUAGUCAAGGUGGUGAAUCUGCAACACAAAUCUCCAAGUUUUGGGAGUUGUGCAUGACAAGCUUCCAUCUGCAGUGUAGUGCUGGUUAGCAAGGGAGGCCGCUUGAGAAGCGCGCUUGUUCAUCCUGGUUACAGCAUUACAAAUUCCAACACACGACCGGACACGCCUCUCAUGGAGAUGCGCAUUACACAUGUUGCUGUCAUUGCGCACUUGCAUGACAGCCCUGGGAUGGAGACGUUUUUACAUAUGAUACGACCGAUAUCUGAAGGGCCAAAGCGACUCCGCGAAGGGCUUUCCCCUCAGCACCGUGGCGCUGUAUUGAUGUUUUGCCAUCUAUAAUUCGAGAAAGAGACUUUUUUUUUGAGAAUACUUGUUUUGUUUAUCAUUGUAAUCAAAUUUCUUCGAGUUGUAUCACUUGAAAUUUGAUAUUUCAGCUUGUUCACACGCUACCAUGUCCUUUGUCAUAUUCAAGAAACCCUAGCACGAACAAACCUAUUGACUACUAAACUAAAAACUACAGGUGGGGUAUCCAGAUUCUGUAUGGGCUUCGCGCCCUGAAGCGACAGGGCAUCAUCCAAGCGGAUUUAUCCUGUGCAAAAGUAUCGUACUCGUAUUAAUUGCAUUUAUGCAUUACAAAUCUAAUUCCUAAGGCAAAUCCGCAUAUACAAAUUUAAUUUGUAAUGCUGAGCCAAUUUGUAUUAUACUAGUACGUUACUUUUGCAAUUCAUAGGAUUUGAAGCCGGACAACGUUCUCCUCACCCAGGACAACUCAGUAGCCAAAAUCGCCGAUUUCGGUGCGGCUAUGGACGAGGAGAAGACCAUUCGUGACCGCAACAUCCAGCCGCGGUACUACCGCGCACCAGAGGUUUUCCUCGGCCAGCGGUACGAUUGCGGCAUCGACAUGUGGAGUUUCGGGUGCACGCUGUACGAGCUCGCGAAGGGGAAAAUCCUGUUCACCGGGGCAUCGGAUAACAAGAUGAUCCAGAAGAUGAUGGAUUUGUGCGGUCGGUUCCCACUGGAAAUGGUCUGUCACGCGUACUGUCAGAAGAAAAACAAGGAACUGCAGAAGGAGCGAGAACAGAACGGGCAGUCCUCCGGGUCCGGCUCCGUUACACCGGCUUUCGUUGUCGGCGACUACGCGCACGAGCACUUCGACAAGAAAACCGGGGAUUUUCUGCUCCACGACGAAGAAGCGCUGCAGAAUAUCCUGCGUGAAAACGUCCCUCACCCGAUAGUCAAGUUCGGGGAUUUGGCUACACAAAUCAACAAGUUUAGGCUGUUGCGCAUGACAAACCUGGGAUCUACUUCGUAGUGUCAUGGUUUUAAGGUAUAAUUAGUGCAGCCGCAUGACAAAUCGACCCUCUCAUCCUGAUUGCAGCAUGAGAAGCUGCAGCCAAACGGCAUCGGAUAAUGCCCUUCAACAUGUUGGGGUCGCGCAUGAGAAACAUUCGUAGGCAUGCCGUUUUGCAUUACAACUCUCGGCUGGGGACGUUUUUACACAGGAUACAGAACGAGAUGGGUGACAAAUCGAUGGACCAGCCGACCAAGGUGAAAUUAUUGUCCGAAAAAGCGACCAAAAUGGCCACGGCGCACCUGCGGAUGAAGGAUUUUGUGAAAUAUUUGGAGUUGGACAAGUGCAACGUGAACAAGGACCAGGACCGGAACAUUAAGGGCAGUAAGGAACAAGUCUCCGCGUUUUCGGACCUGUUGCAGAAGUGCCUGCAGCUGGACCCGAAGAAGCGGGUGAACGCUGAGGAGGCCGUGAAACACGAAUUUUUCUCCUUGUGUUUGAACGGGGAACGGAGGAAGGAAUUCAUGGGGAAAUAAGGUCGUCGCUUUGUGAUUGUGUUGUGUUGAUUGAUAGCUUGUGGCGCACCAGCAAGAAAAAUGAACCGCGUUUGAUGCCGGCGAUCAAGAAGAGACAAGUAGUUGGAUUAAACGAAGAAGAACGGCGAUGAAAUAAGCGGCAUAGGUCGUCGUGCAAAAUAAACGAAUAACAAGCCAAGCUGUGUUUCGCAACAGUUUCUUCCUUCUUCUUGAACAAAAAGUGGCAACAAGAACGAGGACUUCCAGCAGCUGGGGAGAGUAGUAAACACUUCCUACCAACAUCAACACACGACCAUGAAGACGACCAUGGACAUCAAACUGUCUAGACAAAAAUCCAGCGACAACAUUAAAUUUUGUUUUCACAAAGAAACUUCACCGCAUGUGGGCACUUGCAGAGGAUGAGGAGUCCUGCGCGGAAGAAGACUUCCGUCCGAAGACGAGGGGUAAUGAAUAGUCGCCCAGAUGAGCGGAGUUCUUGUUUUCAUCACACUCCACUGCGUAGUUCGUCGCGCUUCGAUGAGUACUCACGCAACACAGAUUUUUGCAUCAUUCAGAUUUAGCAUGACAAGUUCUAAUCUUCCAGACCCAGACAUUUUUACAUUUGAUAUCGGAACAUCUUCACCUCGGUUUCAUUUUCAAAAGAACUUUUUUGAAGCAUCAAAACUUGAGAGUAUUAGUACCUACCAGGCUAGGGAACAACAAC